AUGAGAUCCGUGCUUCAGGACCAGAAGACUGCCCUCAUCACCGGAGCCGCGCCGGGGUUGCGAAGCUCUGCCGCAGCAAAGGCAUGCACCUGGGCACUUCUGGACAUCGACCAGGAGAAUCUGGCCACGGUGACGACGGAGGUAUUUGUGAUCCGUGUUGCGGACACUGAGAUCUGGAAAGCGACCGACCAGCAAAUCACCGAGCUGUUACCGUCGAUCGACCUGGUGGUGUUCCAUGCCGGGAACAGGAUCUACGCCCCAGGGAUAGGAGACUGGCCCUGUAUACACAAGCCCUGGUGCGAUGGUGACUAUUGGCACCAGCGGGAUGCACUCCCGUCCGGCCGCGGAGCACGCAGUUCCUAUGGGAUGCAAACUGACAGCUUUACACUGGCUCUGAACGAGCUCUCACGUUCACGGCAUUGA